GGCAGAAACUGAGAGGAGAGAGACGGAGAAGGAGGGAGGCAGAGCGCAUCACAUCAGACGCUGCUUUGCAUCUGAAAAAAUCUCAAUCACCACAUCAGGAGCCGCUGUGACCGACGGAGCCUCUUCCCGGUCGCAGCUGUUCUCAGAGACCACACGAGAGACCGGAGACGAGCUGGGGCAAACAAUCCGAUAAACAACAGAAAACAACAUAGAGAUCCAUCACUGAGACGCACGUCCACCGCCGGAGGCAGCGAGCGGACCGCUGUGCUGAGGAGCGCCGUCUCCCUGCGUGCUGGCAUCUGGAUCCAGAUCAGACACGCCCCAGAGUGACCCAUCCUGAACCCUGCUGUUAAUUCAACUUCCUCAUUGACGUCAAUAUUCCAGUGGAACAGACCAAGAAGCAAAUGAUGUAAAAGUGUGCAGAAACCGAAGACUGGGCCGGUUCACAGAAGACCUCUAUGUGCGAAGGGACGAGUUCUCACACCAAAGGAAGACCAGCGAGCGCUGAGGAAGAAUGAGAGGAGGCGCCCAUCGAAUCAGAGAUGGCCAAAGACAUGAAACCCAGUCUGGCAGCAGGACAAACUCAGAUUGCCAGUUUAUACCUAAAAUAAUAAAUGUGAGCUUUGUUUAGGUGACAGAUGCUUUUUACUUAGCCACACAUACUGCCAGUAAAGUGCCAUAUCCUACUGAACUCAUUUCUACACCAGUACUCAUUAUUAAUUCCUUAAAUACAACAAAGAAGCAAGAAAAAGAAACUAUUACCACAGACAGCUAAAUAGGAAAUAAGACUUUACUCCAAAGUGUUGGGAUAUAAAACUAGUCUUCCCUCUCUUUCAAAUGCCUGUAGCCUACAAGAGUAAAUGUUAAAUGGCAGGGAUCUCUGGUCGGAUUUCUCCGUUGGAUAUUGUAAUGACAUCCCAAAUGGCUCAGAGAACAGGACAGCUGAGACAUAACAAGGCUGGAGGUUCUUCAUCAGGGAUCUUAUCCACAGCCAGCUCCUUCCUCUGCUGGCUCGCUCUGCUGUCACUGCUGCGACUGCCGGCUGUAACAGCUGACUGCUGGCUUAUCGAAGGGGAGAAAGGCUUUGUGUGGCUGGCCAUCUGCAGUAUGAACCAGCCUCCCUAUGAAGCCAUUCCCUCCCACAUUAACAGCACGAUUGUGGAUCUGAGGCUGAAUGAGAACAAGAUACGGUCGGUGCAUUAUUCCUCGCUCAGUCGCUUUGGAAACCUCACCUAUCUGAACCUCACCAAGAAUGAUAUCAGCUACGUGGAAGACGGAGCAUUCUCAGCACAGUUUAAUCUGCAGGUUCUCCAGAUGGGCUUUAACAAAUUGAGAAACCUGACAGAGGGGAUGCUGCGGGGCCUGGGCAAGCUGCAGUAUCUCUACCUACAAGCCAAUCUCAUCGAGACUGUUACACCCAACACCUUCUGGGAGUGUCCCAAUUUGGAGAAUAUAGACCUCUCCAUGAACAGGAUCCAAGUUCUGGAUGGUAGUUUGUUCUCUGGACUCACUAAGCUGACGACCUGUGAACUCUACACAAACCCCUUCAACUGCUCGUGUGAGCUUCUGAGUUUCCUGCGCUGGCUCGCCAUUUUCCCCAACAGAACCAGCGAGCGGAUGGUGUGCGACUCCCCUCAAGGAUUCUCUGGCUACAACCUACUGAGCCAGAACCCCCGCAUACCAGCCCAGCGCAAUGCGCUGCACGUGCUUAAUCUUGUAUGCACAGAAUACGGCAGCAGCGCGACACCCUUCGACACCUAUGACUUCACCACCCAGCUGCCAGACUUCGCCUCCCCCUGCGGACUGGAUGAUUGCGCCUCCGGGACCGCUCCCGAUGACGUGAUAAGCAUAGGCCCCAUUUUCACAGACUCUAAUCCGAUCAUAACGAUAAAACAAGUGCAACAUUCAAGUGCAGUGAUAACGGUCCAGAUUCCCCACCCGUUUAAGAAAAUGUACAUCCUGAUGCUGUACAACAACAGCUUUUUUACGGACAUCCAGAAUCUCAACAAACACAAUGAGGAUAUUGAACUGAAGAACUUAAAACCUAACACGGACUACACAUACUGUGUGGCUUCUAUAAGAAACUCCUUGCGGUUCAACCACACCUGUUUAACCAUCUCUACCGGUCGAAAAGCCGGGGCCGAGACAAUACGCAAUCAGUCAUCCGCCACGCAUUACAUCAUGACUAUUUUGGGUUGUCUGUUUGGCAUGCUGCUCUUUCUUGGCCUUGUUGUGCACUGUCUGAGGAAAAAGAGGAUCAUGGAGGAAAAGGAGAGAAAGAUGAGUAGAAUCCAGAGGACUUUGAUAGAGCUGAAGUAUGGUGGCGAAGGGGAUAUAGAGGGAGGAAGCGGAGGAUCUGUCUCACAAAAGCUUGCUGCGGGGGAAAGCCUGUCCAGAAUGCCCUACCUGCCCCAGGGAGGAGAGAUUGAUCCAUACAAGCUUCAGGAGGUGAUAGAAACUCCAGGACACAAGUCUGCCAAGCUAAACUACAUGGAGGUCAGAGGUUCUGGCAUUGAAAAGGAAAGGGAGCGAGAGAGAGAAAGGGAGAUGUCACCGCAAGCAAAUCCCCAGGGCUCAGUGGCUGAGAUCUCCACCAUCGCUAAAGAAGUUGACAAAGUUAACCAGAUAAUUAACAACUGCAUAGAUGCUCUCAAAUCUGAGUCUACGUCCUUUCAGCAGGGAAUAAAAUCCCCGACUGCAGGUGGAGGAGCCGUUUCAACAGAAGAGCCACAGCUGGUGCUUCUGUCCGAGCAAGGAGAGAGAGGAGGCGAGUUCCUAUCCCCCGUCUACAAGGGAGGACGAGGAGGACGAGAAGAGCGGUCAAGGAGUUACCACCCCUCUUUGCAACGACACCACAGCAUGGAAACUCCUCCGACUACUAAACGGCCAAGCACCUCCUCUUCUCCUGGCUCUGCCCGGAGCCCUCGCUCUUUCCGCUCAGAGGGAGGGUACCACCCAUCAGAGUCCCGCUACAUUGAAAGAGCCUCACCUGGUGAAAGAGGAGGAGGAGGAGGAGGAGAGGCCAUCCGUGCUGUCAACCCUGCUGCAGCUAUUUUACGGGCUGAGGCCCAGAGAAUCCGUCAGUAUAAUGAACAUCGCCACUCCUAUCCGGGAUCCCAGCAGCAUCUCCAGGAACUUCAGCAUCAUCCACAGAUCCUGCAGGAGCUCCACCACCACCCAGGAGGUCGCAAACCUUCUGUGUUGGAUCCCAUCACUCUCAGCAGGCAGGCUAAGCAGCGUGAGCUAACCUACUCCCAGCUGUCACAGCAUUACCCGCUCUCGCCCCAAUACCACAACCUCAGCUACUGCUCAAGUCCGGAGGAAGAUGAGGAGGAGGAAGGGCUCUUAUGUACCCCGACCCUAGGGCUUUGGGAAAGGUUCAAAAUGCACCGUAAGAGGCAUCGGCAGGCGUCUUUAGAGGAUGAAGGAUACGUGGCAGCUGGGCAUGCUCUUAGGCGGAAGGUUCAGUUUGCCAAGGAUGAAGAUCUUCAUGACAUACUGGACUAUUGGAAGGGCGUAUCUGCCCAGCAGAAAGCUUGAUCCCACAUGUGAAGUUGCCAAACACCUUGAACUUAGAAAGACACCCUGCAUCCAUGACAUACCAAUACAAACCUGUGGACAUUUUCAUGAAUGAUCUGUAAAUAUACACAAAACAACUUAUGGCAUCUACAAAGAUUUACUUUGCACAUACAUGUUUACACACACAGAUACAACACACACAGAUUUUACACAAACUAAGCCUUUUCCUCCCAAAUCGGAUGAGGACCAACUAAUAUAUGUAUUAUCAUGAACAAAAAUAUGAAUAUAUUAUUGAGACUGAGAUACUUUUUGUAAUGUAAUGGAAAUUAUAGCUCAGAACUAUGUAGCUAUUUGUAAGUUUUGAAUGAAGAAAAGUAGAAUCAAUGUUAAGUAUAGAAAAACCCUAAAUGUUGUUGGGAAACCCAUCUCAAACAGCCAAGUGAUGCUUUGGAUACUCCCAAACUCUCACAGCAGACUCAAACUUCACCAACAGAGCCAUACCUAUUUAAACUGGCCAGCCAGAUUGAUAAUAUGUUGCACUCUCAGUUCUAUACAUUAUCAAUCUGGGACUCCUCCCAUUGGGGAAAGGAGGGACGUGCAGCAGAACCUUCAGAGCUGAUUGGGCGAAUAAACACCUAGUGACCGCCUACCAAAGGAUGGUUUUAGCCAAUCACGGAAUCAAAUGAAAAUGUAAGCAGUAAAGGCUAUGAGAAACCCCAAAAAGUUGUACUGGUUAAGGAACCUUUUGCUGUUCUUCCUUCAAACAUGAAAUCUUGAUUUCUGACAAAACAGAUGCGAUAGCAGCAUGUAAACACCCAUCCUCCUGCACUGUCAUGUUUAAUUUGGUGCGGCUGUGGGCUUGGCACGUCUUGCUUUCAUCACAGUUGUAUGUCCUGCCUUAAACCGUAAUGCUACAAUGUGAUUGGCCCAAACAGUUUUUAGUUUGGACACAAACGGUUGAAGUAGGAGCAGUACAAGAGGGAUUCUCGUGUGUUUGUGAACGCACAAAUGCUGCAAGAAUUCGGUUUGUAGGCAAGAUUAAUACUUAUUGCUCUCCUGGGGAAGUUAAAGCUGCACCAUGUCCUGCAAUACAACCAGAAAAGCAGGUGUUCAAAAUCAAUAUACAGUUCCAUUCAGAGGUUUUCAUACAGUCGUCACAGGCAUAAAUAUCAUAUUAAUCUUAGGCUUUUAAUUAUUUAUUUGGUCUAUUCUUUCCCAGGGUGGAAUGAAUACACAAGUUUUUGGUGGAGUUUUUUUCCAAUCAAUGUUGGGUCAAAAUUAAACAAAGGCUAAAAUAUCCACAUUUCCACACCCUACUUGUUUAAUGUCCCUGACCGAGUUCUUUCUACUAGCAUCAAGCAUAAUUCUGACUGGAUAUUUGACCACACUUCGGGACACAACUGGCAGAUAUUUGUGCAUCGCUACAUAAGAAAAUCCUGCAUUGACAAUAUUAGCUGUGAAAAUUGCAACUGUGCUUUCCAACACGUUCAGUAACCUUCAGCACGCUGUGAUCUGUGUCAGAAUCCAUCAAACUGUGUAAUAUCUUAUUGACAUGCUGUCAAUGUAUGACACUCAGAAGACAUAACCAAACGAUUAAUAUUUCUAAUGUUCAUGUGACGGCGCCAGUGCCACAGUUGAUGGAUGCUACAGUGUAUUUAAAUUUGUAAAGCUCUACUUAACUUUUCAAAACAUAGAACGUGUAGCUGGAACACUGCUGUUUUUAAGCAAUGGCCUCUAACUUCGAAACAAUGUAAAAAAAAACUGAGCUAAAGUCCAGUUUCCUCCGAUUUAAGCCUUUUUUCUGUUGCUAUGACCCAGAUAACUGAGAAUUUGCACAGGCAUUUUCACAACAUAUCUCCUAUAAGUGUUUGAUCAUAGCUGAAUCUUUGGGUCAUCUGACCAAACAGCUAAUCUCUAAAAAGCAUUUCACUGCUGGGAAACUAAAUUAAAGAGAAGCCGGUUCACAAAGGUAGUAAAAAAAUAAAUAUAUAAUAGAACAACAUAGGAAACACAAGAAAUGCAACUGAAAGGCAGUGUAAGAAAGUACAACACCAAACUAGGAAGUCCCAUAUCAACUCCACUGUCUUGAGCAGGUAUUUGUCUCUGUUGCAUUUAUCCAUCUAAACAUGAACAUGUGAAGUUAUCAUUCCAAUCAGACCUUAUAUCAGACAUUGAUCACUCAAAAAGUUUGAAAUUAUAUGAACUUUAAUGUGCCAGGAAAUAAAUCAUACUGUCAUGAACAUUUCAUAAGAGGUAAAAACUAAAUCAACUUUAUGUGCAACUUUGUCUCUAAAAAGCCUCUUAUAUGGACAUACAUGGAUGGCAAUUUACGAGAGGCAUUCUGAGCGCCAUUAUGCACAUAAAGAAUUGCAAAAAGGUUGCAGGAACACAGUGUUUCCUCACCUGGAGUUAAGAUUAAUUCAUCAAUUACACGCCUACUGAUCUUUUAAAGCCCGUAUCACUGUUAAUUACAAUGAUUCUCCUCUUACAUUUAAUGUUAGAAUAUUACUUCGGAUCAAUUAAAAAAAAAAAGUAUUACGGAAAAUGUGGGCUUGAUAAAAAGUAUGUUUAAUGCCUGCUUAAGGGUUGUUAUUUUGAAGAGGUAUUUUUAAUCUGACAAAUGAGAAUCAUCGAAUUGCAUAUUUGCAAAUUAUAUGCAAAAAAAUUAUUAAAUAUCACUGCUGCAUGAGCCUGGUGGAUAACAGAAAAUUUACCAUAACUCCAAACAUGUGGACCCAAUUACUGUUCCUAAAAACCAUUACCGUUGUAAGAUGUGUCAUCAUCAUCCUUCUACCUUGGAAAACCUAAAAAAAACAAAACAUUAAAAGCCCCAAAUUGAUAUGGCCACAAUGAGCCAAACAUGUGAACGCAACUGUAUUCCAACCAAAAUUUGGGAGAUUUAAAACAUUAAAUCAAAUGUUUCUGGAUGGGUGACCAAUCAGCAGUAAUAUUUACAUGUUCUGAGAUCGAGUAGGUAGCUCUUAUGAGAGAGUGCGUAUAAUGUGCCAAAUCAACCGAUGGGGUAGUAGAGCCCUACUGUGUAUUACCUUCUUCUUACCACUGUUUUUAUAUAGAGGAUUUUAAAAAAUGUGUAAAAAGAAACAUAUAUGUUGAUAUUAUUAUUCAUUAUUCUUAUUCUCAUUACUGGUCUUCUUAUUAUUCCUAUGAUCCUCAGCAUUAAUAUUUUAUUAUUUGAAUAUGGCAUGGCUUUGUUGUGUGACCGUGUUUUUGGACUGUUUUGAACCUCUCAGUCGAGAAGCGCUCCAGAGCAGAAACAUACACAACAAGAAAAGAGACAUUUGUGUCCUCCUUUUCUACCAAGAGGAUUGUGCUCUGUCCUCUGAGCCAAAAAAAAAAAAAAAACAACAACAACAAAAAUAAAACAAGCCAGCCUUUUCUGUUGGUGAACUUUUACUACAUGUGCUCUUCAUCAUCCUAAAGAGAGAACGCUGUACAGAAGAAAGAAAAGUUCUAUAUUUGCAACAAAAGUGACUGUUUUGUUUCUACAACAUGGCUUUGAAAUCCUUCAGACUUUUCAGACACCUGAGUCCCAACUUAGUUACCCGUCUGCUCACCUACACUGGUACGUUUUUGAUUUUGAAACCAAACUAAAAAAAAAAAAAAUUUAAUCUUCUAAUGAAUGUCUUUAAAUUCCCACGAGGGGAAACAUAACUGCACUGUUCAAAAUCAUAAAACGACCAUAAUUGAACGACCUAAAACUCUCAGCUUCCUUCCCGACACGCUGUAGCUCCACUGUGUUUUAUAAACGUUUCAUCUCAAUCCCGGGUUUUUAUCGCUCUUUUUUUGGACUCUUCUGGUUCCACUGUGGUGCCAUAGUGCCAAACCUGAGAAAUUGCAGGUAUUUGAACUUAAUUCAAAUACUGCUGAAUACAGACCUCUUCUGCUUCACGACAUGUCUAAAAAAAAAAAAACUAAGAUUUGCACAAAAUGAUCCACCUUCAUUGGCUCGCUGAAUCCCCUCUAUCCUCGAAUCAUUUCUAUGACCAAAGUACUGUGGUAGAUAAUUGACUCUUACACUCCCCUAACCAGUACACAGUUGUGUAUCACAUUUUCAGUUAAUACAUCAGCACACACUUUCAUGCUCACAGAAACAACCGGAUGAAUGUAUUCUUUGAGACGCUAUUUUCUUUUCUGCAGCUUGAAUAAAGCGUACAAGCAAAAAUGUAACUGUUUCAAACGUCCUGCAGAUUGCUACAGGUGGUUCAGAACUGGAAACAAAUAAGGAAUUAUUGCCAUUGUAUAACAUUGAUUACUCGCAAAUUGUGCCACAAAAUUAUACUUAGAGCGGUUUUAUUAAGGUAAUAGCAAUGUUUUGUUUUUUUUUGAAGGUGUUAUGUUAAAAUGUGACAAGUGGUAAGAGGCGAUGUUUGCUGUAUCUAAAAUAUCUGCAAGAUUAAAAGAGAGAGUUCAGGGUUUUUGGAUGUGGGAUUCUGUGGGUUGUAAUCAGCAGCCAGUAUCUUACCCUGCAACGGAAAGCUCUCAGAUUCUUCCAAAGGUGAUUUUGUUAUGCCGUUUCCGUGCUUGUCAUUGUAAACCUCACAAACGGUAUCACGCAACAAUGGAGAGGUGCAGUCUCUGGCUCUAUAAGGCUGGGGUCAGGGCUCUUUGCAGGCCAGUCAAGUUCCUCCACACCAAACAUGCCAAUCCAUGUAAUAAUGUACCUUGCUCAUGUUGGGACUAAAAGAAGUCCUCCCUAAAAUGUUCCGACAUAGCUGAAAACAUCAAAGUCUUCAAGAUGUCUUUGCUUCCUGCAAAACAAAAUUCCUGUAGUUCCCUUCUGCGUUUUUGCUACAAUACCACUUACUCUAGGCCUUGAAAUGUUAAUUAUUAAGAAACUUUUAUGUAUGCAGGUGGCAUCCUAUGAAAGUACCCCUCUGGAGCUAAACGAGCUCCUGGGAGUGACCCAUUAUUUCACAAUUUUGUUUUAAGAAGCAGCCUGUAUACCCAGGUGCUUGGUGUUAAGCACCGUGAGACUGAUUGGAGGAUUUCAAUUCAAUGAUUUAGAGGAGUGACUCAAUACUUUGGCAAUACAGCUCAUUUACUGCAGAUAAGAUACUGACUGUUGAGUAAAACUCCACAGAAUCCACUUUAAAAAUAAAUACCCAAACUAUCCUUUUAAAUAUUGAAGACAGAAGAUAUUAGUUUAUAAGAUACAGAGGAAUGUUCUGGACUUUCUUUUAUCAUGGAUGAGAAGAGUUUAAACAAGGGGCGGAGUCAAGAUCAUCUCAGUUUAACAGAUUUUAUAGAAAACAAGCCUGUAUUCACACAAAUAAUUAAAAUUUGUAGUAAAAAAAAUGGUGGAUCUUAGUUGUUGCAUUUUGGUUUGAGGUCCAAAUUGACUCUAACCUUGAAUAACAGGUAAACAAUGAUGUGUUUAUUGUUUAGAAACAGUAUAAAAAAAUGUGUUCUCUGCUGUAACAAGUCCAGAAUGCUCAAGUAAUUAUUCCUGGUUAAAGCCAUAAUCAUGGGUUAGUAAAAUCCCCACUGUUCGUAGCACUGCACAAGCACAUAAAAUGUGCGGUUAAAAGGCGUUUUUUCGGUUUUCAGAUGAGAGCAGCGAUGACGCGGUUCCUCUUCGUUCCAGUCUGACCCUUACUCACGAGAAGACUGUUGAGCUGCAUUUGGUUCUGUAUUACACGCCCUCAGAUUGUGGCUUUAACUAAGUAAAAACAAACAGCCUUAAAACAUUUGAUUUUCUUUUCAUGUUUUUAACUUUAACAUUGCUUUUAAAAUUGUAAAAAAGAAUUAAAAAAACAACAUAAAAAAAAAAAAAAAACUACAUAUGAUCCGGUCUGGACAUUUUUUUUUUUUUUUAGUGGCUUUAGACUUAAGCCUCACUUGAGCAUUCUUUGCUACCGGUUAUAUAAAUGUAGCGAUGUACUAAACUGUUAUUUUUGUUUGAGGUUUUUCUUUUUUCCGCUUUAUGAAUAGUAAUAGCCUGGAUUUGUCAUGCGUCAGAGAGUAGCCGAGCUUAGACCAAGACACCAACGUGGAGGAUGUGGUUGAAGCGGCCAGACAACAGCGACUGCUACUCUUUGAACCUCGACAAACACAAACUGUUUAUUUGAAACAACAAUGCCCGGGCAGUGGAUAUGAACUGUGGUAUUACUGACAUGCGACAGACACGACAACCGUAAACUUCAUUGGAGGCUUGUGUUAUAUUCUUCUACAGCGUAUGACUCAGGAGCGAGAAAGCCAGAGAGAGCUAGAAGAGGGAGAACAUGCUUUGCCAUAGGAUCUCUCAGAGACUUUAUUUUCUUGUUGAAAAAUGAAAAAGAGCACAAAUAAAAAAAAAUCCUUCCUUA